AUGUGCGCCGUUUCAAUUUCCCGCGCUGCUCCUGCACCUUCACGCUUCCUCCUCUUUUCUCUUCCUUCUUCUCUUGAGGCCAAACGGGACGCCUCUACUGAGGGCAACCCUAACGCGACCCCAACCAGGCCAGCAAGCAGAAAACGGCAGCGCCAAAGUUCUGCCGUAGCGGCACCUUCAGCCAAGUCUGCUCGCUGGUUGAACUGCAAGGCUGGUACCCUUAUGGAGCGGCUUGAUAUCGAAGAGUCCAUGGUACGGCUAUUACAAUCCCACAGAACGGUCCGCCAGAAUCUUGAAGAAGCAGAAGAGAAACAACGCCAGGUCCAGGAGAAGAGGAGGAGAAAGAUAAUGUACGUGCUACAAAUGCUUGCAGGUUACAUCGACCGGGAAGCCAUUAACCACGACGCUAUUCGAAGCUUUUUAGACAAGGAGCGUGUAAUGCAGGAGCUCUCUUCUGAGCCUACUCAUGGAGGAGACACUCUGUACAAGGACUUGCAGCUCGCUUGCGAUUCCGAAUUGGAGGAGGUUGAUGACAAGGUGGAAAAUAUAAGGGAGGAGAAUAGAGUUCUUACAAGCAAGGUCAAGGCCAUCAUGGAUUGCAUUGGGCCGUUUGCGCAGUACUGUUGA